CGCCAGUUCUUGCAAGCACUGAGGUCUCCCUUCUUCGGCAGUUUGACAAGGUAACCCUUCUUCCAAUCGUCAGGUACCUUCUCUUCCUUCCACACCUUCUGCAAUAGUGGUGUGGUGUGAGCAUGUCCGCUGUUGUCUCUGCAUCUGUUCUCAGUGCUUCUGGCGGUAUUCCAUCUGGUCCUGCUGCUUUCCCGCAUUUCAGUAGCUUUAUGGCGUUCAGGACUUCCAUUUUCGUUGGGGGAUUAAUGUUCACUUGUAGUUCAGCGGCUGCAGGUGGUAUUUGUGGACGAAGUGCAGGUGGUGGUCGAUUCAAGAGCUUCUUGAAGUGGUCGGCCCAUCGUUUCCUCUGUUUCUCUUCUUUCGUAAUUAAAUUUCCUUCUUCAUCUUUUAUUGGUUUCAUCUGUGUUGAUCUCUUCCCUGAUAGCAACCUGGUUAUUUGAUACAAUGUCG